AUGGCAAAGACAACAUUCGCCAAUGCUCUCAAUGUAUCCCCAACAUUCUAUCAAGCGUGGACCUCACUAUCCGUCAUUGACUCAAAGUUCAUGAGUGUGGAUGGACCAAAUGGAACUGAACCAGCACAGAUUGAUAAGGAACUGAUGCCUACCGAGUUGAGCUCCAACUAUACUGAUCCGAUAUCAGUUGUGUCAUCCAAGGGUACAAACAUCACCUACAGCGUCACACCCCAACGUGGAACUCCAUUUGAUCCCUUCACUUUCCUGAUAGGUAGUUCAUCGGCGGUAGUUGUUGAACGUGACUUUUUUGGCACAGAUGUGGUGUUGCCUGUACCUCCUGGAUCAGGUGGACCCUACAAGGUUUACGUGACCCUCCCAUACAAUGGACACCAAUAUCGUUCAUUCAACUAUCAAACAAUCCAGUAUGAUUCAUCAAAAGUCCAGACCACUACAGUUGUGGGAACAAAUGGUGGCCAGGUGACAAUCACUGGAUCAAUCUACUAUGAGGAGUUGGCCAACUUGGUUGUUAAGGUCGGACCUACACCAUGCACCAAUCUCCAAGUAGUCGUCCCGGCACAGACUAUUACAUGUACAUUGGCACCCACCGAUAGGAUCAUUGUGCAGAAUCAAUCAUUGGUGAUCACACAUCUCGGGGUCAACUCACCUGCUUUCAACUUUAGCUACCUCUCGCCAUACAUUCUCCAAUCCACGCCAGGACUUGCCAACAUCACCUCUAAGAUUACAAUCACGGGCAACUACUUUGGUCAAUAUCUCAGCGUCUCAAUCGGUGGCGAUCAAUGCUAUAAUGUCACGCGUAUAUCUGACAAGGUGAUUCAUUGCCUGUUUGAUGGAAAGGUUCCACAAGCCAACAAUAAGUUGGAGUCUCUACCGGUCAACGUCACAUCAAGUGGAAUAUCGGAUUGCAAUGGACAUGGUGAUAUUGAUCUCGUUUUUGGACGAUGCCUCUGUCACCCUGGAUGGACCUACAAUGACUGUUCGCUCCCAACAUCGCCAGGAGGUCUUCCCAUCAUCCAGAAUGGCACGGCAAUCAACCCAUCCAAGGUGAACUUUAUCAACUCAAUAGUGUAUCUGCGUGAGAGUGAUUCGGUUGGCACUAUAGUACGCACUCGCGCCAUGUCCACAAUUGAGUGGACCGCCAACAAUAUCACUGGAGAGCUAAUUGGUCGUUUCCCAAGUGACCAGGUGACCGUGUAUAUGAAUGUGACCCUGGUCACAGUGUCUCAGACCAUCUUGUUUGCCGGAGAGUCUAUCAAUCUACCAGCCAACAGUGUCAAAUUCUCAGUUGCCAUUGCGAAAUGGACGCUCAACAACCUGGAGGUCAUAUUUGAGAGUAGGACAGUUGCCAAACUCAAUGAUGAUUGUGGUACAAAGACAAAGUUGGCUCAGAACGAUGAUGCAUCAUCGUAUUAUGUUGUGGCUGGUCAAUCUGUUCUCUCUGGUUCAUUCGCCACUCACAUGUAUGUGGAGGACCGAGUUGUCUUCUCCAAGGUCAUCAUACUCCCUUCUUCAGACCCUCUCUACUCAGCUCUCAACAACAAAAACAACAACAUCAAUGCCGAUGACAAAGAGUACAAAGUGUUGACAUCAAUAGUAGUACCAUACUUCAAAUCACAUUGUUUAAUUGAUCCCAGCUUCCAAUCAUUGGUGGCAGUGGAUGAUAUUACCAACUGCCAGCCCAAGUCCUACAAAGUGAUAAUCAUCGCUGUUGUAUGCUCAGUCGUUGGUGCAGCCAUACUCCUCCUAGCCAUGGUAUUCGUCAUCAAGCACAAGUACAACAUUCUCUCACGUCUAAGAUCAAACAUUAAAUUAAAGAAUAGCGAAGCUUGA